CUGACUAAGACCACGAUCGUCAACACCUCCACCUGCGACCUCCACUCACUAUAAGUAUCAUAUCAGACAACGUCGAGUUCAUUUUCGCACAUAACUGAAAUCUAACGACAAGAUAUGGCCCCGUCUUUGCAACAUAUCCUUCGGCAAUUUAAACUAAUCGUCCCUGGAGGAGCUGCGGUAUAUUACUUUGGAACGUUGAUGGAGUUUUGGAGGAUUCUACAGCAUGAAGGAGAAGAUUGGGGACGGACGUCAGCAUUUGGAGCACUCAUAUUAGGCUGCACUACGAUAUUACUCUUUAUUUAUGUCUUGCUGACCCCCUGGAUACGCGGCGUUGAACCCGACUAUCGCUCUUGGAGGGAAUCAGGCAUUCUUUCUUCAGUCAUUCCCGUAUGGUUUACGAGAGAAUUAUUUCGGUCGGCUACUCUCUAAUAUUUCUGUCUAGCUUCUAACGAUGACAAUAAUAUCGGGAUGGUUGCUGUUGACAAUAACGUUAAUGCGUUACUCAGAAUCUGGUUUUUUCCAGAGCGUGCUUGGAGCCUGUGCUGUUUACGCGUUGACAUUUGGCCUCCUUGGUCUGGUCCCUGCUCCUAAAAUACGCCGCGGGUGAGGGUCAAAAUUUAGGUGGUACACCUUUGUACACUAUUUGCACGUCUGUGUAGAUACUCAGACAGUUUCGACGCGUUUUCGCAAUGAAUUUCGCAACGAAUAUUUAGCUCUC